AUGAGCACAUCACCUACGGGGUUGGUUUCGGCGUCCUCGGUAUCGAAGCUGUCAUCGAGAUCCCCAACGAGCGCGAAUUGGGCGACGACGAGGCCGAUGUUGCCCGCGCCCGUGCCUUUGCAGGUUCAGACGCCGAGUUCGUUGCUUGGCUUGAGCAGAAGAUGAUGUCGCUAGAACGUCCUUCUCUUUCCUUUUUAUGUGGGACUGUCCGCCCAUAUUACUGGGAAGCAGAUGGUGAUGAGAAGCGGACAGGGUUGACAUGGGGUGGGAAUGUGCAGGAGAGAACGAAUCAGUUUGGAUUUACAGCAGAUAUCGGCGCUCAGCUUUCUGCACAGUUGACUAUUGGCGAGGCAGGGCUCAAUGCGGCCAACGCCUGCGUUCAUUGUGGCGCCAGAAUGCGAUUGCGAGAAGGAAAGAUCGUCAAUGAAGAGUGGAGGAUUGUGCCGAGACUCACGAUGUCGAGCACGCUUCCGCGCCUGGUCUCUCGCAAGGAGGAGCCUUGGCACUACCGCAAGUACAGUAUGAGGGAUUUGAGCGUGAUCAUGGUCAAACCACGUCACUUCCGCUAA